AUGAUGGAAAGCUCAAAGGAGACUCCAGUAGCGAAGCGCUCUAUCGACCAUUCUUCGGAUACGAAUGAAACGAAAAGAAUAGUUGUAAACGACAUAUCGGAAUGCCCUCAUGGUCCUCCAGGUCCCCCAGGAAAACCGGGAGCCCCUGGAUCGGAUGGUGAACCCGGCAGAAAAGGAUAUCCAGGAUCACCAGCUACGCCAUGUCUUGCGUACAAAUGGGACAGCUGUAUUCGCUGUCCCUACGGACCACAAGGACCACCUGGACCCGAUGGACCUCCAGGACAUCCUGGACGUCAAGGAAACGACGGUCGCAUGGGAAUGUAUGGAAAGCAGGGCGAACCCGGCAUUAUUGGACCACCAGGAGCUAAAGGUGCUCCCGGUAUGCCCGGGAUGCCUGGCUGGCCCGGAGUUCCUGGUCGAAACGCCCAAGCAGGAAAAGGAAGACGUGGACCGCCUGGAAUGGUUGGUGACGAGGGACCAGCUGGAGCGAGAGGAGCUCCUGGUCCGCCAGGUUUGACUGGAAUGCCAGGACUUGUCGGAGCAAUGGGAACUGCUGGUAAUCCGGGCGGACCAGGUCCAAAUGGAGUGCUCGGGAUGGAAGGCAUGAUGGGCUAUCCCGGACCUGAUGGCACUUAUUGUAAAUGUCCCAAACGUUCCAUAAAUUAUGAAUUCGAGAACAAUAAUGACGACGAUGACGACGAUGGUGAUGUGGUUAAGAGAAAGCUACGUGGUAAAAUUUAA